GCUGCUUCCGGUUGGAGACGUGGCUCUGGGUUGCCAUAUUGAAGAUACAGCGACGGAGGAGCUGCUGAGAAACGCAAAAUAUAAACCGAUUAAAACUGGUUCGAGUCGACAGGACCGCCGCGACUAGGAAACUAAACCCUUUAACUAUCACACAGACCGAAAAUGGUGCUGCUGGCAGCGGCGGUGUGCACCAAGGCUGGGAAGGCGAUCGUGUCGCGCCAGUUCGUGGAGAUGACCCGGACGCGCGUUGAGGGGCUGCUGGCUGCCUUCCCCAAGCUGAUGAACAUGGGGAAGCAGCACACCUUCGUGGAGACGGAGAGCGUGCGCUAUGUGUACCAGCCGCUGGAGAAGCUCUACAUGGUGCUCAUCACCACCAAGAACAGCAACAUCCUGGAGGACCUGGAGACCCUCAGACUCUUCUCCCGGGUGAUCCCAGAGUAUUGCCGUGUGCUGGAGGAGAGUGAGAUCUCAGAGCACUGCUUCGACCUUAUCUUCGCCUUCGACGAGAUUGUGGCGCUGGGGUACCGCGAGAACGUCAACCUGGCGCAGAUCCGUACCUUCACUGAGAUGGACUCUCACGAGGAGAAGGUCUUCAGAGCAGUCAGAGAGACCCAGGAGCGCGAGGCGAAGGCGGAGAUGAGGCGGAAAGCGAAGGAGCUGCAGCAGGCUCGCCGGGACGCAGAGCGCUCUGGGAAGAAGGCUCCCGGUUUCGGUGGCUUCGGCAGCUCGGGCAUGACCAGCAGCAACUCCGCCAACAUCAUCACAGACACGCUGAUCGAGCAGGAGAAGCCCAAGAGCACUCCCGCCACCAUCAGGCCGACAGGUCCCAGUAAAGCUCUGAAACUGGGAGCGAAAGGGAAGGAAGUGGAUAAUUUCGUGGACAAGCUGAAGUCCGAAGGGGAGAACAUCAUCCUGUCCAGCUCAGGAAAGAGGAGCUCUGAGGCAGCCAAGGUGCUGCCACCUCCUGUCAACAUGGAGAGCGUGCACUUGAAAAUCGAGGAGAAGAUCUCCCUGACAUGCGGGAGAGACGGGGGGCUGCAGAACAUGGAGGUUCACGGGAUAAUCACGCUCAGAGUCUCCGACGACAAGACCAGCAGGAUCCGUGUCUACGUGGACAACAGCGACAAGAAGGGACUGCAGCUGCAGACCCACCCCAACGUGGAUAAGAAACUAUUUGCAGCGGACUCCGUGAUUGGGCUGAAGAACCCCGAGAAAUCGUUUCCACUCAACAACGACGUGGGCGUGCUGAAGUGGAGGUUACAGAGCACUGAAGAGUCCCACAUCCCUCUCACCAUAAACUGCUGGCCCUCGGAGAGUGGGAACGGCUGCGAUGUGAACAUUGAGUAUGAGCUGCAGGAGGAGAGUCUGGAACUCAACGAUGUGGUCAUCACCAUCCCUGUGCCCUCGGGCGUGGGUGCCCCAGUGAUCGGAGACCUGGACGGGGAGUAUCGCCACGACAGCCGGCGGAACGUUCUGGAGUGGACUCUGCCCAUCAUCGACGCCAAGAACAAGUCGGGCAGCAUGGAGUUCAGCAUCGCGGGGCAGCCCAGUGACUUCUUCCCAGUCAACGUGUCCUUUGUGUCCAAGCGCAACUACUGCGACAUCCAGGUUUCCAAAGUGAGUCAAGUAGACGGUAACAGCCCUGUGAGGUUCUCCACAGAGACGUCCUUCGUCGUCGACAAAUACGAAAUACUGUAAAGAAAAAGAAAACGUAAAAGAUCUAGUCUAACCGCCUGUAUAACGUGUUCAAGAAACAACAGUCCUUCAGCUGGACGACGCCCAACUAAGCCCAUUGCGGUGGAGCACAGUAUUUGGUGUAUUUAUACCUUUAUAUAUAAAUAUGUGUUAAAAAUGUCAAUGUCACCCUGAAGCACAGUGUGCGCUGCAUUAGCAAAGGAGAAACAAGAAUCAAAAACCAGGUAAUAAGUGGAAGAGCAGUCCUUGUGUGGGGCGGGGCGGGGGUAAUUGACUUGUCGCCUGAUGGUUUCCUGUAAGUAAAGUCUUCUGCAGUUCCAUCAGAGGACAUAUCGAUUCCGUGCAGCACGGUCCUUGUUUCCUUUUCUCUUUUCAGUAUGUGUGAUCUUGUUUUCCUUGUUGAUUUAUUCAUUCUGAAAGAGAACGUGGGGUAUUCAGACAACUUGGCCUUGAUGUUGCCCAGGGAAAUUUUUUUUUUUAUUAUUUUUUUUUCUUUAAACAUGAACCUCACAACAUUAAACAUCCCUGGGCGAAACACUAAAUAAAUUCAGAUGUUUUUGAUUGUUAAACAGUAGAUUGUGACUCUGGGCAUUACGGUACAAAGUUGCUCCCUUCUGAAUCCCCUCGUUUCUGUUUGUUUUGGUGAGGAUGAUCCCAGUGCAAGUCAUUCUGAAGAUUGGUUUGUUUUUAAGACACAGGUUUGGCUCCUGUUGUGCAUGAAAUAAAAGAAAUAAAAGCCAGACUGACCAGACAAAAUAAAUUCUGAUCCACUCCAGUGUUUUUAAUCAAACUCUUCUUCAUUGAUGGGGGGUUUUUAUUUAUGGAAAAUAUCCUGUCCCCCACCUACCCCGUUUUUUUAAAACUCCAUAUCCCCCUGUCCCUUCACAAACUCGAUCCCAAAUCUGCUAACUUCAUUACAUCUGCUCGGCACAUUGAACUGCGGAUUUGUUUUGCUUGGUCCGACUGCAGUGCCUGGUGGAGUUGUUCUGUUCCCGAUCGCUUGUUGUCCAGUAACUUUUUUGCGAGUAAUUGAAAGCACCAACGCAAUCCUGGAUUGCAGAGCCCCUGUAAUGCCUGCAUUAUAACCUGAAAUGUGCUUUCUUGUAAGCACGGUCUGUAGAGAGGCAGUGAAGGAGGGAACCUGCUUGAUUUUGCUCUGUACAGAAUACCUGUUCUUACCGUUCAGGGGGAGGAGGUGCUCUUUGUAACCUCGCCUCCCCACUCUUACCCAGUCGUGUUCCAGAUGCCCCAGAUCUUAGUUUCCUGUCCUUUACGUCUGCGAACUGACUUUUAGCUGGUUGGCGACUUCAGUUGGAGAAA